GGGACUCGGAGCCUCUGUCAGUGAGAGAACCGAAGGCAAUUAUGGCGGAUUCGGCAAUUGAGGAGGCGACAGACCAUCAGGACGCGCAUAUUGAUGGCCCAAAGAGAGACUCAGUGAGUGCCGCAGUGGAGCCCAUCCAACGCAUGCCAUCGCAGCCGGACUCUGAAGCGCUGGACGAAGGCACAAUCCCAUGCGAGGCACCGUUCACGACAGACGGCGACACGUCGGUGACACACACGGCGACUCAACAGCAGGUGCAAGUGACUGUAGAGAACGGCGUGAGGCUCCCAGAGGUGCCGGGGAUUGUUCACGCUUCUGGCGGCGCCGAGGACGAGGAUGAGGAUGCUUCUCCUGUGCACGCCCGACCGGACCAGCUUGACCAAAUCAUGGCACCUGGAUCGCCAAAGAAGAUAAAGAAGUCUGUGACGGUACGUGAACGAUGGGGCCAAGGGGUUGACGAACGGAUGGCUGCCUGCCUUUAAUGUUUGUACAGGUUGCGCGCUCAUUCAUCUUGCACGACGAGAGAGAAGACAGCCUUCCGGUCCAGGCCUUCGAGAAGGGAAAGCCGAGCGGCUUGCCCGACGUCGACUUACGGGACCUCAGUCAAAGGAGCGGCUCAGUGUUUGAUGGCCUCUACCACAAGACGCGGUCGCGUCUCUCCUCCUUUGUCUCGUCGGUAAGCGUAUGAGAGGCUUCCGACCGGAUGCAUGGAGUGUGUGGCUUGCUCCGUCCAUUCUUGCUUUGUCUUCUUCCCAUGCAGGUCAAGGAAGCAUUUGGAGACGAUGAUUCGAUCAUCACGACAUGGGCUAGUCUGGAAGCUCGUCAUGAGCGCUUCACUCAUGCACGGUGUCUGUCCUGUGUGGCAUAUGCAGGUGAUGGGAGGUGGUCACAAAAAGUACUGCGGCUGCGAAGGGCCACUGGGAGAGGUGAGUGAGCACAAUUCACACAGCAGCGGUGAGCAAGUGGGGUUGACUGAUCUAUUGAGUCUCGCGUGCGUGUGUGAGUACAGAUGCUGUUCAUUGUCUCCCGGAUUGCUCUUCUGAUCGUGUUGCCGACAACCCUCGGACUCAUUUGGUACCCAUAUGCUCACUGACUGCGGCAUUUGUUGUCCCAUUUGUGAUUGUCUCUUGUCGUCUGUUUGCUUAUGUCGCUCAGGAACACGCUGCCGCUUCACAAUCAAAGGGAUCCGUGGCACAAACAAAUGCUUUACUUCUGGGGCUACCUACCGUAAGAGGGACUGUGCACCCACACACAUAUACCGAUGCAGCUGCCACGACAGUGAUUUGUGUCCUGUCUUUUCUUCACUCAGAAUGUUCCGCCUACUCAUCGGGUCGCUGCCGUGUACGUGGAUCCCCGGUGCGCAAAGUCGAAUCAUCAGCCGCACCGACCAGAACACAUCCUUGUUCUGAUGCACAGGCUUCUUGAACGAGAGCGUCACCCUAGCGACGUUCUCGAUGUCCUUCUUUCCAGGGCUCCUCGGUCACGCAAUCACACUAGCGAUAUCGGCUGCAGCCGACACCGUCGGUAGGUCAGCGGGCCAGCGAUAGCGAUGGAUGACGAUGUCGGCUAUCCCUCUGCGUGUCUGUCCGUAGGUGUUCCGGCGCAUGCCUUUCUCAUAGGCAUCCCUAUUUUCGGAGUGCAGGUAUCCCGAUCUUCAGAGUAAACUUUGGACAGUACUCUUUGGUGCCGUGCUUCUGUGUGCUGUUCGCUCUGCCCAAUUGGAAAGAGAAAUAUUGGAACAACCGACAGGUAGAAGACCAAUGGAUGAUGUCACCCACUUCAUGUCUCUCCCUUCUUGCCGACGCAGGGCCGGAAUCGUUGGUUGUUCUGCACAACUGUGUGCAUGUUUGCUCCAGCGUUGUGGAUGGCCGCCGUGUUUGUCACGUUCUUUGUGGUCUUGGCCGCAAGCAACGAGCUACAAGGUCGAACAAAGAGCCAUCAUCUUUUCAUACGCUCGUCCUCUUGACCGACCAACCUGGUGCAUGCAGUUGUGGAGUUUCUCCUUGUGUUCGCCUUCCCCUUCGUCGGCCACUAUCUGGUGGAGUUCGCGAGAGCAGUCCUGAGACGCACUCGGCGCAAGAUGGAGAUAGGCGGGGCAAUGCUGCCUCUGAUGGUGACCACCAUGUACAUGUCCAUCCUCUUCCCCACCAUCCUCGAGUGGAUCUUCUGGGUAUCGACUGUCGAGCGGUGUCUCUUCAUCAUUUACCCCGCCUACAAAAUCAUCACGGUCUGUCGUGCCCGUCCGCGCCUCCCCGCCCCACCACAUGUCUCCCUCUCCCUGCGUCCGCACUUCCUUGCAGGAGCACCAUGCGUGCGUGCGUCGCAUCACGGCGAGCGGCGUAUACAAAGAGUUCCUUCCUUGCAAGAAGAUGACAUCCCUCACAGACAUCCUCCAGUGCAUCUCGCACAGCUUCCUGCUUAUCUGCACCUUCGGAUACGGCAUGCCGCAGCGAGAGGUCGCCUUGCAAUUCAACCCCACCAACGUCCAACAAAUGGGCACUGACGCGCAGCAAGGGGACCGAGGGCAGAUGUCCAUGCCGGCCAUGUCCGACAGACACGAGAGAGCAGCCAAGUACUUGCCGGACGACCACAAUGCCGAUAUAGAGAAAGCCCUCAAAGACGACAAAGAGAAGAGCGAAGAGACGAAGCCCACACCAGAGCCACCCCCAGAGGAGAGGUCACACCGAGAUUCGAUCAGCAGCCAAGGCGGCUCUGUACAGCCGGCAGAAAGAGAGGGCGAGGCAGAGGGCGAAGGUGGCCGGCGGAAGAGCGACGAAGAGAUCAGAGCCGAGCGCGUGACCCAGAAACGGAGAACAUCAGUGGUGGAGCUUGUUGCCUCCAAUAGGCGUCGCUCUUCGGUGGCGUCCAUUGUUCAGGUGGGAAUGCUUCGUGCAGAUGCGCACACGUGGGACGGUCUAUGUCGGGCAAUGCCUGUGGUGUUUGCAGGACCCUGCUGGCCACUUGCUGUCGAUUUAUACGAUAGAUGACAGCGUCUUCGAGAAUGUGACACAACAGUUCGCCAUUUUUCUCGUCCAGGCAUUCACCGAGGUGACAGCAGACAAAGAGCCGCCACCUGUCCUCCCCUCAUUGUUCUCGUAUGUCUCUUUAGAUCUUUGGGCCGUACGUAGCACACAGCCGGCCGCUGCCGUUUGUUUCCGUGUACCCGGUGUCUCCGUGCGUUUGUGUGUCUAUGUCUUUGUCAGGUUCCAGGUGCACAUAUAUGUUCGGUACAUUCGGGACGUCUCUCCCUCCUCUGAACUCUACCCAGCCUUCACCGAGGUACAUAAGUGAACACAUGCACACGAAUCCCGCCAUGCAGGGGCAUCUGGCUGGCGUCUGUCCGCGUAUUGCCUAGCAGCUGAGCGAUAAGGUCGCAACCCGGUUCAUGUGGUUCACCGUCUUCACGACCUUGUUCAACACCGUCACCUCGUACAUCGUGCUGUCUAUCGUCAAACCAUACCUGCCUGUCGCACGUAAGCACCAGCCAUCGGAUAUCCGUGUCUCCCUUUUUUGUGUAUUGACCUCUCUGUCUCCGUGUGUGUGUUCAUGUUGGUACUUGCAGGCCGGAAACUGAUCUUGCGAUUUCUGGGAGACACGACGUUCUUUCUCGUGAUGCUGGGCAGCCUCACUAUCUCGCCCGUCUACCCGAUUGUCCUCUUGUAAGUCGAGUCAAUACCAUGAUCCACACACAGAUGAGACGCGUAUGGAUGACUUUCUUCGUUGUUCAACAUGCAGGACACCCCACAAUCAGGUACCCCGCGGGCUGCUCACGAAGCCUCACGCCCACGCAUACAGAUGCGAACACGGAGAGGUCCAUUCCAUUGGAUGGAUUCGCGUGUGGCUCUCUCUCUCUCUGUGUGUGUGUGUGUGUGUGCGUGUGUGUCAUGCAGUUCCCCCUGGACUUGUCCGUUACGCGAACCGGGGACUGACCGGUCGAUUAGGAAGCUGUGUCAUCCUGUGAUCUAUGAGAUUUCUUAUCCUUUAAGACUGUGUGGUUGAGUCUUGAACGAUAGGAGCGAGCAUCAGAUAUAGCUAGGCAUGUAGCCAUGCAGGUUUUCUUUUUCUGUCAUGCCUCUUGCCCCUCGUACUAGCCUUACUAUUGCAUUGACAUGAA